AUGAAUCACAAAUCGUACAAUUUGGUUUAUAUAACAUGCAACAGGAGAAUAAUUAAAACAGGAACAUGGAAAUCAUUUUCGAGAAUAAUUCACAGCAGAAAUUUUAAACGGAAUUUCUUUUUCCAAAAUGAUACAGAUAAUUUAAAAGAGAGUUUCAAAUUUUUGGAAAAAAUAAAUUUAAAAAAUUUGGUAAAAAAAGGAAACAAUAAAAGCUGUGUAAAAAGUUUGAAUGAAGAAAAUCAGAAGGGUGCUAACUGUUAUUGCGAAUUAUUAUGUAAAUCUGAGGAAGAAUGUCUUCAAAAGGUAGACAAAUUAAACGAUGACGAUAUAGAACGAGUUGAUAACAUUCUUAAUAAUGUAAACAGCUUUCAGAAAAAGAAGAAGAAAUAUAAGGAGGGGUAUUUAUUAGAACUAAUUGGAAUAAGAAGUAAUGGAGAAAAUAUCACAGAAGCUAGUCUUGCAUGUAUAGGUACAUGUGAUAAUAUAUUAAAAAGAAUGUGCAAAGAGAAAAAUAUAUUUAAAAUUAUAAACAUGGUAGACACGGUCUCCAAUAAUUUAUGUAAGUUAGGAGAUGCAUUAGAAUUGCUGAGAAAUUUACACAAUAACCAAAAAGUCAUAGCCAAGGCACAUGAUGCUAUGGAAAAAUUAACCACUUAUAUAGAUAGAAUUAAUAUUGAUGAACAAAUUUACUAUUUUUUAAAAAAAAAAUAUGAACAACAUGUACAUAUGCUAGAUCGGGAACAUAGAGAAGUUUUACUAAAUAUGAUUAUGUCUAUGGAAAAUCAAGGAGUCCACAUAAAAGAGGAAAAAAAAAAAUGUGAAUAUUUGGAAUUGCAAGCGCAGGAGAAGUAUUUUUCUUUCCACGCUGCAUCCAACUUUUCAAAUGAAUAUGAUGGAUUUUUCAUCCAAAAGAACAAACUCAUGCCUUUUAUUGAUGAACAUGUUAUACAUAAUUACCAACAAAAAAUAAAACCGUUUAUUGAAAGUAAUAGAAUAAAAAUAAACACCACGGAUGAUAUCUGUGAUACUUGUCAAAGUCGUAGAGAUGUGCACAACACAGAUGAAUAUGUGUACUUGCUUCAAGAUAGCCCCUUCAUUAUGACAAUAUUGGAAAAUGUCAAUAAUGAAAACAUAGCAAAAAGAUCACAUGCAUUGCUUAAAAAACCAAAUCAAAUAUUUCUGAAAAACAUAUUAAUAUUACAAUAUUAUAGAAACAUGUUAGCACGUUUUAGAAAUUUUAAAAAUUAUAGUGAAUAUGCUUUAAAAAAUUGUAUCCUAAAUAGCCCAGACAAGGUAAACUAUUUUUUAAAAAAAUUUUUAAACAAAAUUUUGCCUUACUUCUUUGAAGAAUUACAAUUUAUUGAGAAAUACAUCGAUUUGACUUCAUCCAAAUCAAUAAGUGAAAAGGGAACGAGUUUUAAUUUGAGUGCAGUACAUCAUAGUGCGAAUGUCACAGGGGAAGCUAAAAAAAUUGAUUCUCAGAAUAAUAAUCUUGUCGAAAAGGGUAUGCACUCUAAGUUAACCCCAGAAAAUUUGUUCUAUCAUAUGAAUCAAAUAAGAAAAGAAAAACUUAAAAAAAUCGAAGCACAAAUGAAUAACUCUUUACGUCUUUAUGAUGUUAUAAAAUUUGUGAUGAAGCUUUUGAAAAAUUCCUACUCUUUAGAUAUGGUGAACAUUUUGCCAUUAUCAAACGAAUUAUGGGAUGAAAACAUUUUAAAAUUUGAAAUAAAGGAAGGAAAUUACACCUAUGGGUAUUUAUAUAUGGAUUUGUUCGAGAGAGAAAACAAAAGCCAUUCGAUAGCUCAGUACACUGUCCGAUGUUCCAAAAAUAUGAACACAUGUUUGAAGUAUAAAUGGUUUGAGGAUGAUGUCCACAAAUUUCCUUUCUUCUACACAGGGAUAGUAAAGGAUGAUUUAUACAUUUCUACCACGUGUAAUAAUAUAAUUACUGCAGAAUCUAAUAGUGUAAAAAAAAUUGAUACUCAGAAUUGUUCAAAAAUUCGAAAACAAAUUUACCGACAAACUACAUCAACCUUUCUUGUUUGUAACUUUAAUAUAAAUUUAAAUGAUCACGAGGAAACAGAUAGCAAGAGUAAUUCUGCAGAGGGUAAUAUUUUCAUAAAUGAAAAUAUAACCAAAUCACUUGGAAAAAUAAAAAUGUCUAUAGAUAAGGUUAAUAUGUUUGUUCACGAAUUUGGACAUGCAUUACAUUGCAUACUGAGCUCAACAUAUUUGCAGCACUUAUCUGGAAAUCGAGGUGGAGUGGACUUUUCUGAAUUUUCUUCUCAUUUUUUUGAAGAAUAUUUAAACAGUUAUGAUGCUCUCUUAUUAUUGUAUGGGAAGGAAGAAAAAGAAGGAGAUGAUAAAGAAUUGUUGAUAAGAGAAACCACAAAAUCGAUUAUAAAACAGUAUUUGAAAAAUAAAAAUAUUUUAUGCUAUUAUUCCAUCAUGCAGCUUACUAUUCAAUCUAUCAUUGAUCAGAUCUUUUACUGUCUAUCUCAUGAAUCCAGUUCCAUUACUGUACGCAAUGAAUUAAUCGAAAAAGAAAUAAAUACAUACUUUUCUGGAAUUUAUUACAAAAACAUUUUUAUUCUAGAUUUAUUUCCCCAAAUACAUUUUUCCAAAACGACACACCUUGUUCAUUACCCGGCAAAUUACUUCUGCUAUUUGUAUUGCUCCGUUUUAUCCAAAUAUGUUUGGAAUCGGACCUUCAAGGAUAAUUUGAUGAAUCAGGCAAAGGCAGCCGAUAUUGUGAACUUCAUGCGGGGGGGCUCAACUGAUUCAAGCUUAAAAAAUAUCAUUGCUCUUGUUGAAGAAGAUACAACAAAGAUUCAAUACUACACGGAAAAUCCACAGCAUCUUCCACUUGACGAUUUUUUGGAGCAUUACUCCGGGGGAAACAAGAACGAGGAAUAUAAUUCAUUUUUGCAAUCUCUCUAA